CACGAGUGCGCAUGCGUGGUGGACAUCAGGGCGACUUAUUUCUGCGGGGAGGUAUUUCUCGCAACACCGGAGUGGCAGGAGAGAGGUGUGCUCGUGGAGUGUCUGCCCCUCAGCUGCCCCUCUGCACCUCCUUCACUAUGACUAACGAAAACACACCGCCCAGCUCAGGAGACGGGCCCAGCAAGAAUGCCCUGAAGAAGGCUCAGAAGGCAGCAGAAAAGGCAGCCAAGAAGGCAGAGCACAAAGCACAAAAUGCAGCUGCGGGGGGUGAUAGAGAGGAGGGUGAGGAAGAGGAUGUUGCUAAGGACUUCUAUGGGAACUUACCCAUGAACAGGAGUCAAGAGAAGCGGCCCGACGCCCACACACCUCUCGCUGAUGUUGGCCGCAUCCUGGCCACCCGCACCAUCACUGUCAGGGCGCGCCUGCACACCAGCAGAGGGAAAGGAAAGCAAGCUUUCUUUGUCAUUCGGAGUCAAGCCAGCACCAUUCAGUGUGUGUUGGCUGUAGGGGAGCAAGUGUCCAAGCAGAUGGUCAAGUUUGUUUGUAAUAUCCCCAAAGAAAGCAUCAUUGACGUGGAGGGCAAGGUUGUGGCCACGGAGCAGAAGGUGGAGUCCUGCAGCAUCCAGGAUGUUGAGCUUCAUGCCACCAAGGUGUUCGUUGUUUCCGCCUCCCUGCCACGACUUCCCCUCCAGAUUGAAGAUGCAAUGCGACCUGACAUCGAUGACCCUGAGGGCUUGCAUAUCAAGGUCAACCAAGACACUCGGCUGGACAACCGCAUCCUUGACCUGCGCACCCCCACCAACCAGGCCAUAUUCAGGCUUGAGGCUGGAGUGUGCCACCUGUUCAGAGAAGCUCUUAGGGCAAGGAACUUCACAGAGGUCAUGUGUCCCAAGCUAAUAUCUGCUGCCUCUGAGGGGGGUGCCAAUGUAUUUGGCAUGAAGUACUUCGAUAAAGAUGCAUUUUUGGCACAAAGUCCACAGCUGUACAAGCAGAUGGCCAUUGCUGCAGACUUUGGCAAAGUCUUCACAAUUGGUCCCAUCUUCCGGGCAGAGAACUCAAACACACACCGUCACCUGACAGAGUUUGUGGGCUUGGAUCUGGAGAUGGCCUUCACCCACCACUACCAUGAGGCACUCAGCGUUAUCGGGGACUUGUUCACAGAGAUCUUCCGAGGUCUGCGAGACAACUAUGCAAAUGAAAUUGCAGCAGUGAACAAGCAGUUCCCAGCAGAGCCCUUCAAAUUCCUGGACCCUCCCUUGAUCCUGGAGUACAAGGAAGGUGUGGCCAUGCUUAGAGAGGCAGGCAUAGAGAUGGAGGAGACGGAGGACCUGAGCACCCCGAAUGAGAAAUUCCUUGGCCGGCUGGUGAAGGCGAAGUAUGACACAGACUUCUACAUCUUGGACAAGUUCCCCCUGGCAGUGCGGCCGUUCUACACCAUGCCGGACCCCAAGAACCCAAAGUGGAGCAAUUCCUAUGACAUGUUCAUGCGUGGGGAGGAGAUUCUGUCUGGGGCCCAGCGAAUACACGAUGCAGAGUUCCUAGUGGAGAGAGCCAAGGCCCACAACAUCCCCAUUGACACCAUUCAGUCCUACAUCGACUCCUUCAAGUACGGGUGUCCGCCUCAUGCUGGCGGGGGCAUCGGCCUGGAGCGGGUGACCAUGCUCUAUCUGGGCCUGGACAACAUCCGGAAGGUGUCCAUGUUCCCGCGUGACCCCAAGAGGCUCACGCCAUAAGCUGCCUUGUUCUUGCAGGGUUUUCAGGUUGUCACAGUAAUUGCACCUGAUUUGACGGUGUUCAGAAAAUAAAAUGGUUUGGGUAACAGUUUUUGGACAUGGCCUUUACACCCGUCCAAAAAAUAAUGAAUGCUUUUCAUGACUGGUCUUAACUCUAUUAUUGCAAAUUGGUGCAAGCAACACUGCCUUGACAACAUUACAAACUGUCUCUAAGAAGUGAAUCCAUACUGCCAAUAAUUCCAGCAACUGUUCAAAAGCAAAUAUAAUAGUUCAUAACAAUGACAUACUUAAAAAGAUUAAUUUAUUGGAAAUUAUGUGUAUGAACAACUUUGUAUAACAUUGUUGUAAAAUGUAUAUAUAUUUAAAUUAACAUUUUACAAGGGUAAAGGAUUUUAUCAUCAAUUUAAAGUGCCUAUGGGUGUUUUUGUUGAGCCUCAAACCAAAACUUUCUCACCUGUCUCAGAAAGUAAGAACCAAACAAGUGUUCAGGAAGAAGG